UUUGCUUUUGCCCCCGUUUACUGAUAAAAACAAAUCUCCGGCUCUAAGCCGCAGGAAUUGCUUUUAAAUGCGAGAAAGUCUUAAGGGGGAGAAUUCGUAUGCUAAUGAGCCUUUCCAAGUGAGAACUGGGUGGAACGCGCCAUUUGCUGGCAUUGUUAUGGACAGCCUAGAGAUGAUUCGUGUAUUGCUGUAGCCCUGUGGGGCUGGGGGUGUAAAGCCCAGCCUAGCUCCUCCCCAGCCCAGCGUGUGGGGCCGUGAGUUCGAGGCUCAGCACCGCCCCCUCGCACACUCGCGUGCACCUGCGGGCGGGGGAAGUUUACAGAAGCUUCCAGGGGCGUCUGCAGCGCGCUGGCCACAGUUCUGUGCCACCGGGGAUGGAGUGCGGCGGGCGGCGGAGCUCCGGCGUCUGGGUAACUUUUCUAGGAAUGCCGUGCUCGGGCGGGCCCGGGUGGACACCUGCCAGAGGACGGUCAGCGUGACAGUUCCUGGAAAGCUAGCGGAGCGACCGCAACCGGCGGCCCCGAGCCGGAGCCGAGCUGGAGGUGGAGCACGGAGCGGAGGCGAACACAAACGCCACUGUCUUUGGAUGUCCUGUGACUGAGAAGCCAGAGUUUUGAACCUCAUUAUUAUGCCUUUGGAGAUGGAGCCCAAAAUGAGCAAACUGGCCUUUGGGUGCCAGAGAAGUUCCACAUCAGACGACGAUUCCGGGUGCGCCCUGGAAGAGUAUGCCUGGGUCCCACCGGGCCUCAGGCCUGAGCAGAUCCAGCUCUAUUUCGCAUGCUUGCCAGAGGAAAAGGUUCCUUACGUUAACAGCCCUGGAGAGAAACACCGGAUUAAACAGCUUUUGUACCAGUUGCCACCACACGAUAACGAGGUGAGGUACUGCCAGUCUUUAAGCGAAGAGGAGAAGAAGGAAUUGCAGGUGUUCAGUGCUCAGAGGAAGAAAGAAGCUCUCGGAAGAGGAACCAUUAAACUCUUGUCCAGAGCAAUGAUGCACGCAGUGUGUGAGCAGUGUGGGUUGCAGAUGAACGGAGGGGAGGUCGCAGUGUUUGCCUCCCGUGCGGGUCCUGGAGUGUGCUGGCAUCCAUCCUGCUUUGUCUGCUUCACGUGUAAUGAACUACUGGUCGACCUCAUCUAUUUCUAUCAGGAUGGAAAAAUCCACUGUGGCAGGCACCAUGCCGAACUGCUCAAACCUCGGUGCUCAGCCUGUGACGAGAUCAUUUUUGCGGACGAGUGCACAGAGGCCGAGGGCCGCCACUGGCACAUGAAGCAUUUCUGCUGCCUAGAAUGUGAAACGGUCCUGGGAGGGCAGAGAUAUAUCAUGAAGGAUGGCCGCCCCUUCUGCUGCGGCUGCUUCGAGUCUCUCUACGCGGAGUACUGCGAAACCUGUGGCGAGCAUAUUGGUGUGGACCAUGCCCAGAUGACCUAUGACGGACAACAUUGGCAUGCCACCGAGGCCUGCUUUUCCUGUGCUCAAUGUAAGGCCUCUUUGCUGGGAUGCCCCUUCCUCCCAAAACAAGGUCAGAUCUACUGCUCCAAGACCUGCAGCCUUGGGGAAGACAUCCACGCCUCCGAUUCCUCUGACUCUGCCUUCCAGUCAGCCCGAUCGAGAGACUCCCGGAGAAGUGUGAGGAUGGGCAGAAGCAGCCGCUCUGCUGACCAGUGCAGGCAGUCUCUCCUUCUGUCUCCCGCUCUGAACUACAAGUUCCCGGGUCUUUCUGGCAGUGCUGACGACACUCUCUCUCGGAAGCUGGACGACGUGAGCCUCUCCGGGCAGGGAGCGGGCUUUGCUCAUGAGGAAUUCUGGAAAGCCAGAGUGGAUCAGGAAGCCUCUGAAGACCCUGAAGAAUGGGCUGAGCACGAAGAUUAUAUGACACAGCUCCUCCUCAAGUUUGGUGAUAAAAACCUCUUCCAGCAGCCGCCCAGCGAGGUGGACAUGAGAGCCAGUGAGCACUGGAUACCCGACAACAUGGUUACGAAUAAGCCGGAGGCAAAGCAGAAUCACCAGAGCCUUGCGAGUAAAAAGUAUCAGUCGGAUAUGUACUGGGCCCAGUCCCAAGACGGGCUGGGUGACUCCGCCUACGGCAGCCACCCAGGCCCUGCCAGCAGCCGAAGGCUGCAAGAGCUAGAUCUGGACCACGGUGCUGCGGGGUAUAACCAUGACCAAACCCAGUGGUAUGAAGACUCCCUGGAGUGCCUGUCUGACUUGAAACCAGAGCAGAGUGUCCGGGAUUCUAUGGAUUCUCUGGCGUUGUCCAACAUCACAGGGGCAUCCGUGGACGGAGAAAGCAAGCCAAGGCCAUCAUUAUACUCUCUCCAAAACUUCGAGGAGAUAGAGGCAGAAGACUGUGAGAAAAUGAGCAAUAUGGGAACUCUGAAUUCUUCCAUGCUGCACAGGAGCGCAGAGUCCUUAAAAAGUCUGAAUUCAGAACUGUGCCCAGAAAAAAUUAUACCGGAGGAAAAACCAGUGCACCUGCCGGUGCUCAGAAGAUCCAAGUCUCAGUCCCGACCACAGCAGGUCAAGUUUUCAGAUGACGUCAUCGACAACGGAAGCUACGACAUCGAAAUCCGGCAGCCUCCAAUGAGUGAAAGGACUCGGAGACGAGUGUAUCACUUUGAAGAGAGGGGAUCCAGGCCUCACCACCAUCGCCACCGGAGAAGCAGAAAGUCGCGGUCCGACAACGCCCUGAACCUGGUCACAGAAAGGAAGUACUCCGCCAAGGACAGACUUCGGCUGUACACCCCCGAUAACUAUGAGAAAUUCAUACAGAGUAAGGGCGCCCGGGAGCUCCAAGCAUACAUGCAGAAUGCCAACCUCUACGGCCAGUAUGCCCACACCACAUCGGAUUAUGCCCUGCAGAACCCAGGAAUGACCAGGUUCCUGGGGCUCUACGGGGACGACGAUGACUCCUGGUGUUCAUCCUCCACUUCCUCCUCCGACUCAGAAGAAGAAGGCUAUUUUCUUGGACAGCCAAUCCCUCAGCCUCGGCCACAAAGAUUCACCUACUAUACGGAUGACCUUUCUAGUCCGGCUUCUGCACUGCCCACCCCACAGUUUAAUCAGAGGACAACUAAAUCCAAGAAGAAAAAGGGACACAGGGGCAAAAACUGUAUCAUUUCUUAACCAAGUAGACAGGGAGAUUGUCUAAAACUUAGUCAUUUAGCCUGGACUUUGACCUUGUAUUCGUCAUAGGAAAGUCGCUAAAAUAGUGUAAAGUGCUUUCUUGGCCUAUAUAAAUGAGAGCCCCACUGUGUUUACAGCCAGGUUAACACACAAAAGGGGUGGUUUCUCCAGUCUCGGUGCCAUAGUAACACAGUCUCGUGCCCCCAUGGCAGGUCAAUUACAGUCUCCAGUCCACAAGAGAAUACUCCAGAAACUGCCGGCAGGUGAUUGGACAGAGCGUGUGCUAGAAGAUGGAUAGCCACCUUUGUAAGCAAUAGUGCUUGUCGUUAAUUCAGUCAGGUUGGCUCAGGUCCUGACUGGUGUCUUGUGAGGCAUGCACGUGUCACCAUGACGACCUAGCUAACACUGUGUGCUCCAUUGUGUAAGGCGAACUUGUUCUCCUUCAGCCCUUAUUAGCCAGGUAAACAUAUUGUAUCCCUCCCAGCUACAGACCGAAAGGACUUGCUAUUUAUAUGUAGUGUUUCAUAGACCUAAGUGUAUUCCUAAUUUAACGGUGCAAAUAUUGAUGUAUAUACUGUACAGCUCAGAUUUUAAAGCUGAUAUUUUUAUAUCCCUGAACUGCAAGGUGUUUGUUACACUGCCGUGCUCGAUUUGCUAGGAAACCAGAAACAGCAUCCAUGGAUGAGAUGACUGCUUGUAUUUUAGUCAGGGCUUAGAAGUUUAGACAGUCGAUUUAUAUUGCUUAGUGAUGGAAAGUUGGUUUUUUUUUUUCCUUCCUUCAAUAUUAAAAAAAGGCUCUGUAUGCAUGGUGGGGCUAUGUACAUACUCGGUACUGAGCCCUGUUAAUCUCACAAGUGUUAUUUAUGGUUCAAGCUUUGUAAACUGUAUAAAUGUAAAAAACAAACCCCACACAUACCUCUGGAGUAUAUGGUAAAACCGAGGAGAAGCUAUGAGGCGACCUUCCCCGUGCAGGGGGGAGCGGUCUCAGCAGGUGGUAACGUCCACACAAGGGGCUUUCUGUGGCAGUCUGUGUAGACUUACUAUGUACAGAGAGGUUAUUUCUUCUGCCCCUUUUCCUUCCAACUUCUUGUUGGCCUUUAAAAGCAAUUUUGAAAACUGGGUUUCCAGUUGCGGUUUUCUUUUGAGAUUUUUCAGGAAGAAUGAGCCGGAGUACUCCCAAGUUCAUGAGACUCUGGUUGAAUGGAGAGCCAUGUCAGAUUUGAACUAACGAGCGGGUAGUUUGGUCUGUGCUGUCCUUGCAUUUACAUCUCGGUCCUAACUAAAGGUCCUGGUGUCAUCCUGGGCCUUUCAGGGAGGUGUUUAAUAAAGGCUUAAUAAAUGAUAAACUACCUUUCCGAGUC